AUGAUCAACUCGUGGGUGAAGAAGGCCACUGACAACCUCAUCGACUCUGUCAUCUCCACCAGCGACAUCAACGCCAACACCGACCUCGUGCUCGCCAACGCUGUAUACUUCAAGGGCCCGUGGCUGGAGCAGUUCAACCACUUCACGGAGCGGGGCACGUUCCAUCGGCUCAACGGAGACCUCGCCGAGGCAGAGUUCAUGGUGAACGGCCUCAUGACGAGCAGCAUCAGGUGGCAGGACAUUGCUUGCAUGGACGGGUUCAAGGGCUGCCAGCUCAAGCGCCGCCGCGGGCAUGGCGACGCAAAGUCCAAGGACACGCUCUCCACGGAGGUCAACGAGGGCACGCAGUACUCCAUGUUCAUCUUCCUCCCGGACGCGCGCGACGGCCUCUCGACCAUGGUGGAUAUGGUCACCACGUCACCAUCGUACCUGUACGGCAUCUUGAACGAGAUGGAGAAGAAGCUUGUCAACAUCAAGCUGCCCAAGUUCGAGAUUACCUUCAGCUGGAGUGACCCUCAAGCACGACCUUAG